CCAAAACCCGCCCAACCCGUCCGCCUCGCUCGCCCGGCAAUCCCCUCCCAAUAAACAAUACAAUAAUGAAGCCGCCGGCGCGGCGGCCGCUGCUGGGCGUGCUGGCGGCGGCGGCGGCGCUCUCCUGCCUGCUCCUCCUCGCCCCGCCGCCCCGCCUCUUCCCCUCCUCCUCCUCUUCCUCCACCCGCGCCCCCACCUCGCCCUACGCGCACCGCCCCAAGCUGCUCUUCCUCCUGGCUGGCCAGUCCAACAUGGCCGGCCGGGGCGCGCCCACCUCCCCCCUCCCCGCCCCCUACCUCCCCCACCCCCGCCUCCUCCGCCUAGCCGCCGACCGCCGCUGGGUCACCGCCUCCCCGCCGCUCCACGCCGACAUCGACACCCACAAGACCUGCGGCCUCGGCCCCGCCAUGCCCUUCGCGCACCGCAUCCUCCUCUCCUCCUCCUCCUCCUCCUCCUCUCCGUCCUCCCUCCCGGCGCCCUCCACCGUCUCCGACCCCGGCGGCGAGGAGGACCGGCUGGUGCUCGGCCUCGUCCCCUGCGCGGUCGGAGGCACCAGGAUCUGGAUGUGGGCGCGGGGCCAGCCGCUCUACGAGGCCGCCGUCGCCAGGGCGCGCGCGGCCGUGGCGGGCGGUGGCGGGGCGCUCGGCGCCGUGCUGUGGUUCCAGGGCGAGAGCGACACCAUCGAGGUCGACGACGCCCGGGCCUACGGAGGCAAGAUGGAGCGCCUCGUCGCCGAUCUCAGGGAAGAUCUCGGCUCGCCCAAUCUGCUCGUCAUCCAGGUUGGUCUUGCAUCAGGGGAGGGGAAUUACACCGACAUCGUAAGGGAUGCUCAGAGAAGUAUCAAUCUUCCCAACGUGAUUCUCGUCGAUGCCAUGGGCCUGCCGCUCAGCGAUGAUCAACUGCACCUCUCCACGGAAGCUCAACUCCGGCUCGGUGAAAUGUUGGCGCAAGCCUAUCUCGAAUUCGAGUCGUCGAGAGAUCCCAAAGCUAUAGAAUCACUGCAUCAAUAACAUUAUCUGAUUUGCUAGGUGUAGAUACCAUUAUUCUUUGGGACAUCCUGUUGUAGAGUGUAGAUGAAUGUACAAACAAGGGAAGAUCUGCCCACAGGCGCACUGUCGCUCACUAUACCGCAAUAACAAACGGAUUCCUGUACAAGUUUAGCUCAAACUGUUGCGCAAGUGAUGUACAUUUGGGAGAAGAGAACAGAGCUCUGUUUGUUGGAACUUGGAAUAAAGCUGAAGAGCAUUUGUGGUGGGAUUC